AUGAAGUCGUCCGGCUUCCGCAAGGCCGAGAUUCAAAGCCGCCGUUCAGGCUUCUCCAAAUACUGCUACGUCGUCCCGACAACCACUGACAUAGACUUUCGCGCCGUCAUCUCAGACCUGCACAAGCUCGUCUCGGUCCGCCCACAUCAGGCCAUGGACAUAGCCCACAUUGUCAGACGACUGCGGCCCGUGUCGUGGAUAUGCAUACCGCGCCUCCUUGGCACCAGAGCCUUGUCAACGCUGCAGCUCAGGGGCGUACGAUGCCUGCUCCGGCCCGCGACAGUCGAUGUACAGCAGCGCGGAGGCCACCUGACUGGCGAGACCCGGGAUGCAGCAAAGGAGUCGACUGCUGACUGGGUGGGGGCGUGGGAGCAAGUGCUCCGCAACUCCACCGAGGGGACAGAAUUGUUCCUCGAGGACGGGCUACCGCCAACAGUCUUGGCAACGACUCCUGUGCAGCCAACAUCUCAAGCCCCUGCACGUGACGAUCCUGGCACAGAGCACCUGAUUUCAUUGCCUCCUUCCUUCGAGCUUGCAAUGGCCUCAGCACUGGAUUUACCCGCGUGUGCGCUUCAGUGCCUGCAAGCCGCCAUAGUGAACUCGACAUGCGCUGCCACGGACCAGACAUGUAUCUGCACCAAUGUGGCUCUCAAUCAACAGGCCACGGCCUGCAGCAGUCUCGCUUGUACACCAGCUGAGCUCAUGACCACCUUGAAAAUCACCAAUGGUCUCUGUGGUAUUGAACCAAGAGAAGACGACUCCUGGUUCAUACCAACCAUAGUCCUCCUAGUUCUCAUGGUCGUAUUCAGUGGCUUGAGGUUUCUAGCACGGUUCAUCGGUGGGCAGUCAUUCUGGUGGGAUGACUGGUUGAAUUUCUUCGCCAUGGUCAUGAGCGCUCUUGGAAGUGCUUGGACCUUGGGUCCUGCUAGGAGCAAAGGCUUUGGGAUGGAUGUCUGGUCAAUAGAGCCAGACGAGCUUACCGAAUUCCUCAAGUCCGGAUACUGUAUCGAUAUGCAAAAAUUUAUGUGGAUUGGAUGGUCGAUGCUCAUUGUAUUCGAUUUCUGGAUGAUUUUUGGGACCGCGACGCGCAACAGUGUAACCGCGGUAGGGAUUGCCAAACUGCCGGCUGUACCUGACACCACACACGCAUCUAACCCGACCUAUAAUCUCGUUUCCCUAGCGAAAUAUUGCCUCAUUGAAAUUGACCUCGGAGUCAUCUGUGCGUGUAUGCCCAGUCUUCCAAUCCUGUACCGGGCCCUCAGGGACCGUAUAAAGGCGAAGAAAGCGUCAAGAGCGGGAGCAAUUGGCUCUCAGGGAUUAGACGCUCGCCAUGGUGCCUUCAGCAGUGAGAAGGUCGGGAGCUUCUCGGCAGUCUCGAAUGUCCCUUCUGCUCAGUCCCAGAGCGGUCACCGCAUGGAAAAUUCGGGGGCCGAGCACAUACAGAUGACGACGACUAUUGAUCAGACCUACUGGAAGGAGCCAUCGGGUGAUCAAAUUCCGAUGCAGGACGGGCGUUUCUAUGCUGGCCAAUAUGAUAACCAACCCAACAACCAAUACAACAACCAGUACAACACCCAAUACAACAACCAAUACAACGACCAAUACAACAAUCAAUACUACAACCAAUACAACGACCAAUACAACAAUCAAUACCACAACCAAGACAACAACCAAUUCAACAACCAAGACAACAAUCAAUACCAGAACCAAUACAACAAUCAAUACAACAAUCAAUACAACAAUCAAUACAACAACCAAUACAAUAAUGCUCAAUCUUCUCCAAACUCCAAUCCCAUGGGACCACGUCCUGUCCUUGAUGAUGCACCCCUCCAGCGCCAGCAGCACAUCCUGAACCAACAGUCUCACCGUUCUCGCUGCAUCAUAUGUUAG